CCAAGAUGGCGCCGGGCAACAGAGAAAAGUGAUGAGAGAAUAGAACAACAAGCGACUAAACUCUGCAACAGUGUGCAUUUAUCCACCCCGCGCGACUAUUUCACACCACAUCUGCAUUCCUCUUACCGGGAAACUCUCAAACACGCGCGGAGAGGACAUUGCGACGCAGUUAUUUUGAUAACUGUUUGUUAACGAGCUGCUAAAGUCGCUAGCCUACCUAACGCUUGCUAACGGUAACUGCGGAAGGCGAGUCAAGAGAAGGCAGGCAGGCAGCUCGAAGUAGGAGCCGAUAAGUGAAACUGAUUUUAUUUUUGGUUAAAGAGACGUCGUCUUUUAAUAAGUUAACCCGCCUUCCACAGUUUUCACCCCUGUCACUUAAAGCAGGGGGCUGAUAGGAAGACAAGGUUACACCUCUGAUAAGGAAAGCUGAAAAGACGAGGAAAGGCGUCAUCUUUGCUGAUUUGACGCCAUGGCUCACUCCCCAAUUCAGAGCGGACUGCCGGGGAUUCAGAAUUUCAAAGCUGAUCCAGAGGAGCUUUUCACCAAGUUGGAGAGGAUAGGCAAAGGCUCUUUUGGUGAAGUCUUUAAAGGCAUCGACAAUCGGACUCAGAAAGUUGUGGCCAUUAAAAUUAUUGAUCUGGAGGAAGCAGAGGAUGAAAUAGAAGAUAUUCAGCAGGAAAUCACAGUUCUCAGCCAGUGUGACAGCCCUUUCAUCACCAAGUAUUUUGGUUCCUAUCUCAAGGGUACAAAAUUAUGGAUUAUUAUGGAAUAUUUGGGUGGAGGAUCAGCCCUUGAUUUGAUGGAGCCAGGUCCACUGGAUGAAACACAGAUUGCCACCAUCCUGAGGGAAAUCCUGAAAGGGCUCGAGUAUCUGCACUCUGAAAAGAAAAUACACAGAGAUAUCAAAGCUGCCAACGUGUUGCUGUCAGAACAGGGUGAUGUGAAGCUUGCAGACUUCGGAGUAGCGGGCCAGUUGACAGACACACAGAUAAAAAGAAACACAUUUGUAGGAACGCCCUUCUGGAUGGCACCUGAAGUCAUAAAGCAGUCAGCCUAUGAUUCAAAGGCAGACAUCUGGUCAUUAGGAAUAACAGCAAUAGAACUGGCUAAAGGAGAGCCACCCCACUCUGAGCUUCAUCCUAUGAAAGUUUUAUUCCUCAUCCCAAAGAACAAUCCGCCAACACUGGAAGGAACCUACAGUAAACCACUUAAAGAAUUUGUUGAAGCCUGUUUAAAUAAGGAGCCUAGCUUUAGGCCAACUGCCAAAGAGUUGUUAAAGCAUAAGUAUAUUGUAAGGCAUGCCAAAAAGACAACCUAUCUGACGGAGCUGAUUGACAGAUACAAGAGGUGGAAGUCGGAACAGUCUCGGGAUGAAUCGAGCUCUGAAUCUGAUGAGGAGUCAGAUGGCCAGGCAUCUGGAGGCAAUGAUGCUAGUAAUGAUGACUGGAUUUUCAACACCAUCAGGGAAAAGGACCUGAAAAAGGUCCAGAAUGGUGCAGCACAGCCUUCUGAGUUAGGAACGAAUCAAGUGGAGGAGAGUCCAAAGAGGCCUUUGUCACAAAGCUUAUCAACAAUCUUUUCUCCGUUGUUUUCAGAGUUGAAACAGAAAGGCGAGACAAGUAACGGCAAGCCAGAAGCUGCAGAGGAGCUGCGAAAGGCCAUCGUUCAGGCGGAAGAAACACACCCAGGAAUCUGUGACUCCCUGGUGGCUGAAUUAGUGCAGAGACUUCAGAGGUUUUCUGUGCCACAUGCAGCCCCCACUCACUGAGAUGAGAUAAGUCCAGCUCUGCUCUACUUUUCCACCCUUGUGGCAGCAGUCAGAUCUUUUCCUCUGACCUCCACAGCCAGGAUGAAGUCUCCCAGGAAGGUCUCCAUCACUCAUUUGCCUGAAGCAAAUCCUGGCCUACUUAAUGUCUGUUUAUAUGCUAGCACAGCACUAGAGGGUCCUAUUCAAUACAGUUAGUGGCCACUCAGUAAGCUGCCACCUGCUGUAGGAUGUCCCUUCUUGAUACCUCCUUCUCAACUGUUUUAUUUUAAGAGCACAUUAGCUAUCUUUCUGGAAGGACUCUUUUUGAUUUAGGUGUGCUUGUGGCUUUUUCCACAUAGGUUUACACUCAGCAUCCUUAUGGAGAAAAUACCUUGCUUAAUUAAUUGUGUGCAUGUGGCUGUGUGAGAGAUCCUGUGAAAUGUGCAGUGAAGCAUGGGUUUUGAAGCAUUCUAUUGAAAACUCAGGUAUCCCGCUUUAAGUGGAUUGGGUCUUCUGGGAGAUGGAAAGAGCUCUGCAGGGUGGUUGUACAGACUUGUAAAUAAGCUAAUUUCUACAGUUUCUUGAAAGGUUAACGGAGCGUUUGGACCCACUGUGUUCAAAUGGCCAAAUGCAAAGUGUAGAUAAUGGCUGUGAGGUGAAUAUUUUUGAGAAACUUAAGAAGCCACAAGUGAGAUUGCCUUGACUUUGUACUUGUUCUUUUGUAUAUCUGUCUUUGAUUUCUCUCUCUAGUUGUAAACUUUUUAAGUACUGAUCCAGUGAAUGAAAAUAGCUGCCCUCUAUCAUGGUUUACUAUUGAUUUGUGUACAUUUCUUAAUUCUCUUUGAUUUCACUCUCUUUGGUGCGGCUGUAAUAAUGUUGGAGAAUGUUAGAAAAAAAAUAGUGGCUGGUUUAUUGAAGCCCCAGCAGUUUGAACACUGGAUGCUCGGUUUCCAGCCCUGAUUCCAUAAAGCCUCAAGUUGUGUUGGUUUGUUGGACUCUGCCUCAUCCCGCUUUUUUUUUUUCUUUUUUUUUUGGUUUGUUUUUGUUUAUUUGUUUGUUUUCACCAUUUGAUUGAUGAACUGAGGUUUCGUCCAUUCAUUCCAUUAACAGGGCAGUGCCAUCAUCUUGAGUUUAUAAAUCAGCAGACUUUGUUAGUCUUCCUAGGAGCUGCAGUGGUUACUAUCCUCCUCAGUGUACCUACAGCUUUAAUUGCACUUCGAGUAUAAAUGCCUUUGACUAUAAACAAAGUAGCCAUAAAACAGUAGCAUGAGACUUACGGUAUUUUGCAGGUAUUCACUGUACCAUCUGGGGCAAACAAAAGUCCACCACAAGUCUCACAGCUUGGACUUUGGAGUCAGUCAUGCAGUGUAGUAAUUGCCUGGCUGUAUCUUUUUCAUUUUUAACCUGUGGGAAGUUUUCUAGUUUGCUAGGCUUCUCACAGCGUAGAUGACACUGCUCUCAGAUGUACAUACUAACAUAAAGCCAAGCAGUGUUCAGAGACACUGCUACUAUGUUUGACUCUAGUUUCAAAGGAAUGUGCAUGGUAGUGUAAAGCCUAAUGGUUGGCCUGAGCAGUAUGCGUUGUAGCAUACUGCUGCAGGACUGAAGGAAUGUCGAGUCGUGAACAGAGUUGAAUCAGCCUUACAGUAUUUGUGAUGAAUGGGAUGAAUAGGAUCAGCUUUAAACUGUUAGAUCUGUUGCUUUUGUUGUGAUUUCUUCUUUAUUUCUAUAUUCAGUGAUACUUUAAAAGACAAAUGAUUUAAAGAUCUAAAAGCAUUUCUUUCAUUUCUUGACAAAAUAAGGUGCACAAGAACAAAAUUACCCUGCAUGUAGGUUGUCUAAAACUUGUCAUCAUUAUAAAUAAGAGCAUUAUUUUAUUUUUUUUUAAUCUUUGGGGUGAGAGAAUCAUUUUUUGCUGAUGCAGUGUACACAAUGCACACAGCAAGUUAAAGGAACAGUUUGACAACCUGGGAAAUACUUUAAUUUGUGGUGGAGAAAGAUUAAUAUCAUUCAAAUACACAUUUACUGCUGCUUUAUUAGAUAUACAGUCCAAUACAGCAGUUUUUUCCUUAAAGUCGACUUUUGUAAUACUGUAAUGUGAAGAUAUUUUUGCCACUCAUCAGUUUUAGCCCUGAUUUCAUUGUCAGGGAUGGUGUUGCACUGGACUGCAUCUGUUUACAGGUGUUACUAGAGGAGAAGAGAUUAGAAUGCAGAACAGGAAAACGUUCCCUUUUAAUUUUGAGCUCAAAAAUGAAAAUGUAACUGGAGGCACUUGCCUCUGUUGCACGGCACACUUUACCCUUAUUUCAGCUUUACGUUAGCUUUCUAUUGAAGGUAAUCUGCCAGCGAUCAUAUUUUGGGAUUAAUUUACAUUGUUGCCAAAGCUCAACAUUAUGAGCAUUGUAAAGACAGGGCAGUUGUAUUGGACUGGUUAAUAUUGCAUCGGUGUUCCUAAUAAAAUGGCCACUGAGUGCUUAGAUAACGGGGAAAGCUUGUCAAACCACAGAAAAAUGUUGUGCAUUCAAUCUAUAAUUUCUCUAAGUGUUAAACCUAGAAUUCUGCAGUUCACCUGCUGUUAAGGUAAAGUUUAAAGUAUUUUUGUGGCUUGUAGCUGCUGAAACUGAUCAAACUGUCAGCUAGCUGUGGCUUCAUAUUCAGCUUUCUGACAAAAGAGCAGUAUUGAAGUGUUCCCUGGAUGUCAAGCUUAUUCUAUUAACUUGCAGAUUUUGUCUUUUAAACAAAACCUUUCUUGCCCAUUUCUCAUGAAAACUAUUUAAUGCUUCCUUUCCACUUGGUGGUGUAGUUAUGGUGGAAAACAGACUUAAAUGAGUACAGUUCAAAUAUCUAUCAGAUGAAUAAGUAGAAACAUGACAACUUCACACUUCAUUCAAGCUUUUCAUUUGAAUUGUGCCAUUUAUGCCCCGAUCUGAGACAAAUGCAAUACAAUUUGCACCUUUUUCAUGAUCUAGCAUGGCUCUUUUUGUGUUGCAAUGCAUUGCUUUUAAAGAUGUUACUCAGUGUUAUGGCGUUACAAUGGUUUUGUCUUUUUUUUUUUUUUUUUUUUUUCUCCCCUUUUGUGUGUUGUAUGGCAAUAAAGCAGUGUGAUCAGCAGGAGUCAUCUCUCAGCACAAGUAGGCACAUACGUUUCUAAACUAUUUUUAUAACCCCAAAGAGCAGUAUUAUGUAAUAGAAGGAGUAAAGUUGGGUUUUGUGAUGUGUUUAGGUUUCAGUUAACACUGGAUAGCAAUCAUUUAAAAUGUACAUUUCAGUUUGUGUGAUUGUUUUUUUUUGUUUAUUUUUUUGCUGACAGUUUCCAGUCCAGUAUAUGUGUUUGCUAAUACAAGACAGUGCUGUUGGAUUUCUUGGAAUUAGUCAAAUGUUUAAGGAAAAAAAAUGUUAAGUGGAAAGUUGAAUAGGUUUGCUCUUUACAUUUUCCUGACUCAGACUGUAGUGCCUCUUCUUGCUGCUUGUGGUUCUGUAAUUGAAUUUCAUUUUAACUUUUGUAUAAUGACCCACAAAUUUAUAAAAGUACGGCUACAGCAUAAGGAUUUCAAUUGUUGCAGUUUGCACAAAUUGAAUGCUGCACGUUGAUCAAAGCAAGUAUGUUUUCUUCAGUUUGAAUUUUAAAGAUGGAAAAUUACAAUUGAGUGAAAUUUCCUUUGCAACGUUAUCAGAACGGAGAUGAUGAUUCAUCUUCAGACUAUAUAGGGAUAUAGAAAAACCAGAAACAUUUCUGAAUAAAACAUUCCUUGAACUUCA